GCCAAUAAUUGAAACGUUUAGCUUCUGAGUCAUCGUGAGUUUUCAUCAGGUUUCCAUCAAUAGCCUGGGACUUCGGUUGCUUUGUCGAUGCGGUAAUGUGAAGACGACUCGCGGGCUUCUCUCUGGUAUAUACCACUUGUCUCCGAGUUUAUACCUCAUCUGUGGCAUACUCCGGUCGUACAAUGACAGUAAUGUCACUCACGCCAGAAGAGAAGGAGACGUUGGAGGUGUUCCGCAAACAAGUAUUUGAUGAAGAAAUCAUUCGAGAAGGGGACUCUGUUGGGACGGAUGACGCAACUUUACUUCGGUUUCUUCGCGCACGCAAGUUCAAUUUGACUGAAUCAAAGAAAAUGUUGCAGAAUUGUCAACAAUGGCGGAAAACCGUCGGAGGUGACGGGAUAGACGCGUUAUAUGCCAGACUAGAUCCUUAUGAUUACCCUGAGCGGGAAGAAAUAUUCAAGUCCUGGUCUAUGUAUUUCCAUAAGGCAAACAGACAAGGCCGACCGGUGAACAUCCAAUUCUUUGGCGGGCUAAACCUUCCGAAGUUGUACAAGCAUGUCACGCCGGAGAGGCACUGGGAGGCUAUUGUUGUAAAUGCCGAUUCCCUUACCCGUGAAGUACUUCCAGCUGCAUCGCGUGCUGCAGGGAAGCGUAUUCACCAAUCGAUCGUAAUUGUGGACCUCAAAGGGUUUGGGUUAUCACAGUUUUGGCAAGUGAAAUCAUUGGCACAGGCCUCAUUCCAGAUAUCACAGGAUUAUUUUCCCGAAACAAUGGGUCAACUUUUAAUAAUCAAUGCGCCAUCCUCGUUUACCUUUAUUUGGGGAAUCAUUAAGCCCUGGCUGGCAAAAGAGACUGUAGAGAAGGUCGACAUUCUCGGUUCGAACUAUAGAGAGGUUCUACUUGAUGUGAUAGAUGCCGAGAAUCUACCAGAAAUACUGGGAGGCACGUGCACUUGUAAGGGUGAAGGGGGAUGCGACCUUAGCGGUGCAGGACCAUGGAUGGUUGAGAGGAAGGAAAGGAAAAGGAACGGGAGUACUGAGGACUCUGGAUCCGGAGAAAAGACAGAAGACGUCGCAGUGAUCGAACACAGCAGUCCAAUUACCCAUCCCAUAGACGUCAAGUAGAAGCAUGCGUGUGUAUCAUAUAUACAUGUCGAUAGGGGAGGGCAUGAACAUUGUGUAUGAUUUGUAUAUGUGACAUAGAUCGAACAGCAGUUUCCUUGGAGUAGAUGCUUACAGUCUUUUGACGGAUCUGGAGCAGUAUGACACAGCGAUGUUAAUUUUUGGC